CGGUGAAACUUUCUUUGGGUAAGAAUGUCAUUGUCAUUUCAAAUAGGUGGCCAAGACUGCAUUUUGUUAUUUCUGGAGUUCUUUUUGCAUCUCAAAGAACGUGGCAUUCUCAUCUCUUCCAUAUUUUAUUUAUCCUCCCUUGAUACCCUACCCAACGCCAAACUGCCGACCUGGCAUCCACUGCAAGGUUAUUUCCAAUUGCCACCGCACCAGCCAAGUAGAGAACGGUUAAUUCACCCUCCGUCUUGGUGCAACCCAUUCACAAAAGAAGAUGCGCACAUCCCUUGCCAUCCGCACAUCGCGGAAUCGGCCAGUUUCACCCGCACAACCGAGUCCAGCAACCGCAACAAAAUCAGCAUCAAGCGAAAAUGCGUCCUCUCCAGAUCUCGAGCCGGGCGUGCACGACAUUGUGUUCCCCAAGGUUUUCGAGGAGGCGUGGGGUACCGGUAGUCUGGACAGCCGGACCGACCUGGAGAGGACUCGCAUCUUUUUGGUCCGCUUCGCCAACAUGAGCGGCGACCCGCCUUUGACGGUGUCGUUGCGUGCCAUCGCCGCGGAUCAGGGAUAUAGGACGAUUGCAGACCUCGCAGAAGCAGUUCAGCAGCGCUUCCUUGGUACUAGACACGACUCUUUCAAAGCGACGCCGUUGCUGCAGGCCGUCCGCUUUAUCCUUAUCAAGGGCAGCGUAGUACAGAUUGCUUCUGGCAACGUCCACGGCGCCAUGCAAGUAGUUUCCCCGGCCGAUCGGGCACAAGCACGCGCACUAGUCGAUUUCUUCUUUGACCCCGUGCUGGAGAGGAACGUCCAACCUAUUCCCGUCGGCGGCUCACGAUAUCACUACCCAGCUGCACGAUUAAAGGUCGCCAUUGUCGGUGGUGGCCCUACAGCCCUUGCGUCCGCCAUCUCCCUUGCAGAAAAGGGCCGCGGCCGGGUCGAGGUUCACCUCUGGGAAAGGAGGUGGGUCGAGACCACAACACCCGACGGCAGGCCCUGGAUCGAUUACCCACCAACCGCCAAGCGACGAGACCAAGUCGUUACGUUACAAGAAUCGGUGACCCGGCUGCUCAGUCCGGGGUCAUUGCAAGCACUAUUUGAGGGCAGGCCCGAGGCGGUCUGGCCCGGCUCGGCCAACAUACAAAUCCGAAAAGUCGAGGACAGGUUCCUGCGACGCUGUCAGUCACACGAGUUUGCUGGGUUGAUUCAUUUGCACGCUCAGGGUGUCACGCGCGAGGAUCUGAACAGUGGAAGGCUGGGCGACUUUCAUGUUCUUUUGGGAGCAGAUGGUGCUGCUUCGUGGGUGCGCAAGACAUACUUUCACGGAUACGAGCAUGAACGUGGCCGGAGUUAUGCACUGGGGCUGGCGUUCAAUCGGCCCGCUGGUCUGCCAUGGUCGCAACCCCUUAAUGUCUUUUUGACACUGGGUCAGACCAGAUACCUGCUCAACGCAUCGCAUUUCGACGGCAGGGGCUAUCUCAACAUGCAGCUGACGGAAGAGGAGUGGCACAAAAUGUUGGCGGUCGAUGGCGAGCCCGUCACGUUUGGUCACCCGGGGUGUCUUAGAGCAGCGGACGGUUCCAUUCCCGAAGGCUUCACAGAGGGCCAAGUUUUUGCGCCAUCCGAAGACAGAGAGUCUCCCCUGUGGAAGUCGAUCGAGGAUGGCCUCAAGCUGUUUGGCUUCAAGGAGAGUGAGGUCAUCAACGUUGUUCGCAUUCCCAUUGUCGUGCAGGCCGUUCGAGAAGGCGUGCAGUACCUCCCUCCCGAAGAGACAAAGUCAAUCAACCGCCCGCACGCCCUGGUGGCAGUGGCUGGCGACGCCGCCAUGACGGUGCAUUUCUGGCCCGGCAGAGGCCUAAACAGCGGCAUAAAAUCUGGUAUCGCCCUCGGUGACGAGAUUGUGCACGCCCUCAACAUUGGCAAGUUCAUCGGCCUCCCGCUCGACGCCAUGAGCCAGUACAACGACUUUAUCAUGAAGCUCCAGAACCGUGAGCACGACAAGCGGUCCAUUCCCAUUCUCAACCAGUCUGGUUCCCCAGAGAUGCUUGGCUGGUUGCUGGACAAGGCAAACUCGGUCCCCGACGAAGUCGCCGUCGAGUGGCUGGUUGGCGCCAUGGCGCAGAUUGCCGAGCGUCUCGAGCAGAGGCCCGAUUGGGCUUUUCCUCCAGUCGCAAACGUGGAACCACAACUUCGUAUCGUUUUGCGAGGGCUCAACUCGUUGACUCUGCGUGAGAUGGCAGUCAGCUUCCCCUGGCCGACGCGAGAAAUGGGAGGUGCAGAGGUGCUUCCCGUACGGUCGAUGCAGCCCGAAGAGAAGCAGCGAUGGCUGGCGUCGAUAUGGAACAUGCUGCGUGACGAAAAGAAGAAGGAAAGGGCCCCACGCCCAGAUGGUGCCGAGGCCAAGGCGGCGCGCUUCGAGGCCCCUCGCCAAGCCAACUCCCGUCCGCCAUCCACCCUGCUCUCGAGACCAAACUCGCACAUACCCACGCCGCCCAUGUCUCCUCCCCUCAACGUGCCCGAUCGCGGCGGGCUAGGCGGGAUAGGUACGCUCCGUCGCAGCAACGCCAGGAGGAGCGUGCAGCUGUUCGACACGCCGGUCGGCCAAUCGCCGCCGGGCGACGAGGUCACCAUGGACGAUGCCGAGUCGUGGUACAGGCAGUCGAGGUUUUUGCAGACGCCUACUGGCGAAAACUUGCUGGGGCUGCCGGAUGAUGGCGUGAGCAUCAGGUCAAGGACGCCUUCCCCGGGACCUCCACCGGCUGGUGAUGUCGGCCUGGGUAGGAUGUUGACUGUUCAUCGGCGACCCAAGGGGGAUAUGUUGACGGAUGCAUUGUCGUUGGCGCUGUUCCGGGUGAACUCUGCUGAGUAGGUAGGGUAGUUAAUAUAACGACGCAUUGUCUGACGACGAACCUGCUUCUGCUCCAGACAUGUCUUGACUGUUGUUGUCGUAUAGGUGCGACGCAGCGCGUAGAGCUGGGCUAGCAGGGCUGGUGGCAAGAUGGCCUGUAUUAUCCGCUUUAUGUCUCUCUCUGGACAUCCAAUCUUCUGAUCGGGUUUGGUCAUAAUGUGAGAGACCAACUCAUCGCUGUGACCAGCUUUCAUCCGCUUCGACGAAAAAGACUAUAAACAGCCUUGGCCUACCGUUGCGAGGUGAAGUGACCUCUACAAGACAGUUUUGCAUUCUCAGGUGGCGGAUGACUCGCAUGAGGCAUAGAACCCACAACCGAAUAACAGAUUAUGAGAUUGGUAUCUUGGUAUCAAGCUUUGGAUAUAUAUCAAGUAAAAACGCGACAGAUAACGGUGUGUAACAUGGCAGAUAUCUAUUCAUCUAACGGGCACAGGCCCAAUAACCUCCCACGCGGCAUCAGUUCCCCCGAGUGGAGCCUCCCACUCUUCAACCUCGGGCCCGUCUCCGGCAUCGAACAGGACGUACACCCUCC